AUUUUUGUACCAUUUACAAUUUCUCUUAAUGCCUCCAUCCAGGUUGAUAGUUUCAGCUGCAUGACUCCUUGUGCUUGUGUUGGAAUUCAUCUGUCAAGUUCUCUUGCAAAAUGGAAAAAUCUAAAGAACAAACAGAAAGUAGGGAAACUUGGUCUGGGCGCUUAGAAUUCCUGUUAUCCUGUGCUGGGUACUGUAUCGGUCCUGGAAAUAUUUGGAGGUUUCCAUACCUCUGUUACAAAAAUGGUGGAGGUACGUUCCUCAUACCAUAUUUCAUAUUUAUGAUAAUAGGAGCUUUGCCGAUAUAUUUUAUUGAGUUUUCAGUUGCACAAUUUUCCGGUCGCAGCGCAAUUUCAUUAUGGGAAAUCAGUCCUUUAUUCAAAGGUACCGGCUAUGGAAUGGUUAUCCUAACUGUUAUCAUAUCGGUCUACUUCAAUGUAACGAUGGCAUGGAUACUGUACUAUCUUUAUAAUUCAUUCACAUCCGUUCUUCCGUGGAGUACAUGUAACAACCAUUGGAAUACUAAGCAAUGUUAUGCUUUAGGUGGAUCUAAUUUAACGUUUGGGAAUGAGACGGCAAACAACUUCAGUAAUCUAUAUGGUUUAUCAAAUGUAACGAUAUCCUAUUCAAACCCGUAUGACAACAUAACAGGUUCGCAUUUGUUAUCAAAUCAAACAACUUUAGAGGAAAAACUUACAGCGAGCGAAGAAUUUUGGAGAUACAACGUACUCCAAAUAUCGUCCGGUAUAGACAACAUGGGACAUAUUCACCUCGGCUUGUUGAUAUGUCUAGCUAUUGCUUGGUUAUUUACUUUUAUCUGCGUUUGUAAUGGCAUAAAAGUUUCUGGGAAGGUUGUGUAUGUGACUGUUACAUUUCCAUAUAUAAUUCUGUUGGUUCUGUUGAUAAGGGCAGUAAUGCUACCUGGAGCAUCUGAAGGACUGAAAUUUUAUUUGAUUCCAAAAUGGGACAAAUUACUUUCAACACAACUUUGGGGAGAAGCAGCUUUACAGAUUUUUUUUACAUCGGGAGUUGGUUGGGGAACAAUGAUAACCUAUGCCAGCUUUAAUAAGUUUCAUCAUAACAUAUACCGAGAUUCCCUUAUUGUUCCUUUAAUGAAUUCAGGCACAAGUUUAUUUGCUGGUUUUGUUACUUUUUCUGUCCUGGGUUUCAUGGCACAUGAAAAGGGAGUCUCAGUGGAAAAAGUUGUAACACAAGGACCAGGAUUAACAUUCGUGACGUAUCCAGAAGCUAUUUCAAGAUUACCUCUGUCUCCAUUAUGGGCUGUUUUAUUCUAUCUAAUGUUGCUCACAGUGGCAAUAGAUUCACAGUUUGGUUUUGUUGAAACUAUAAAUGCCUCCCUGAUUGACGAAUUCCCAAAAUCUCUGAGACAUCGAAAGAAAACACUGUCUGCUUUGCUGUGCUUAUUGAAAUUUAUUCUUGGUAUUCCACUUGUUAUGCAGGGAGGGAUAUAUGUUUUUCAAAUAAUGGACUGGUACUGUGCUUUGCUUUCACUAAUGAUAUUUUCCUUGAUAGAAUGUAUUGUCAUUAGUUGGAUAUAUGGUGUUGAUCGAUUUUACACGGAUAUUGAAAUGAUGAUAGGAUACAAACCCUGUAUGAUGUGGAGUAUUUGUUGGAAAUAUAUUACGCCCUGUUUGCUAGUGCUGAUGUUAGCAUUUAAUAUACUUACUGUCACUCCUGUAUCAUAUAAGGAAUACAUUUACCCAUCAUGGGCUGUUGGCACUGGCUGGAUAAUAGGACUAAUAUCCUUGAUACCUAUACCAGUGUGUUUUGCCAUGUCAUUAUGGCGGUCAGAGGGCACACUAAAACAGAGAUUAAAAGAAAAGAUGAAGGCAAGCCCUAAUUGGCGACCACAAUUGGGUGCGUUCAAAAGCACAUGUGACUCAGUUACACUUCUUUAGAAGAAAGAACUUGAAUAUACGAUUUAAAUAUAUCAUAACCAUUUUUAUGUCUAUAAUAUUUCACUUACGAUAAAAGAUGUGCAUUUUUUGAAGCAGACCCAAAUGUAAGCACGUCAAUGUAUAGUUCUAUUUGUUAAAUAUAUGUCAAGUUAAUAAUCGAUAAACCAAAAACUGUAUUACUUCUAAUUUCAAGAUGAUUUUUAUUGUUCAGUGUUGAUGUUGUUCUAGAACAAUUGAUAAAAAAUUGUCUCCAAAAUUCAAAACGUAGCAUGUUAUGUCUCUUAUGCACUGAACAUUAUAUCGCACCUUAUAUUACAGAAAUACUUAAAGCUUGAAAUAAAAAGCAUUGCACAGAGAACUUGAUUUCAUUCUAAAACCUUUAAUUUUUUUCAAUGUAUUAAAGAGUAUAAAAGAAUCUUGAAAUGAAAAAUAGAAUAUUUGAUAUACUAGUUGUUGCCUAAAUGCAGAGAAAUAUGAAGAAUACUUAUUGGAGUUUCAUUGCCUUCAUAAUGUAUCAUUGUUAUGUAUUAUCAAAACAUUAUAAGAAUUCUUUAUCAUUUGUUCUCUUCAUGUGAUUUAUUCAUCAAGUAAUGAAUUAAUUAUUUGAUAUUAAAAUGAUGUUGUACGCAUCAUAACAGUAAGGCAGUAAUAUUCUAAUUAGAUUUUUCUCAUUUUAUCAGAUACAUAUAUACUUUACUUGAUACUAAACCCUAACGGGAAGGAUUGCGCCUAAUAUUCAUAUAAUGAAGGCAUAAUCUUUCAAUCAGUUUAAUUGAUGUCUGGAGCUGGCAUGUCUGUUGUUAUUUAUGUAUUAUUGUCAUUUUGUUUAUUUUCUUAUUUUAUUACAUCUUCUGACAUCGGACUCAGACUUCUCUUGAAAUGAGUUUUAAUGUGUGCGUUGUUAUGCGUUUACUUUUCUACAUUGGCUUGAGGUAUAGGGGGAGGGUUGAGAUCUCAUAAACAUGUUUAACCCUUCCGCAUUUUUGCGCCUACCCCAAGUCAGGAGUCUGGCCUUUGUUAGUCUUGUAUUAUUUUUAAUUUUAGUUUCUUGUGUACAAUUUGGAGUUAAGUAUGGCGUUCAUUAUCACUGAACUAGUAUAUAUAUAUUUGUUUAGGAACCACUGUUCGGGAUAUACCUGUAUUUGGAACACUUUAAAAUAUAUAUAUAUAUUCAACAGCAUGAACCGAAACACAUGAAGAAAUAUUUGACCAUAAUAGACACAACAACAGUAACCGAAUUCACCUAAGUUCAAGUUUGUUUGUUAUAAAACGAACUAUUUCAGAACGUUAUGUAUUACUAGUAAAUAAACAUUCUUUACUGAGAUAAUGAUAUGAUCGGGGAUGUUCCGCUUGUUUAGGUGUUUUGAUACCUUAUCAAUAUUGUUAUAUUUUGGAUAUCUUGAGUGAGUGUGCCAAAUUGUACCUAUUUUGACGUUGUGUUUGUUGUUUUUUUUAGCUUCGUUGAUUUAUGAUCCAGACAGCGAGAGGUUUCCAUUAUGUGUUUAAUUUGUUUUAAGUAUUCUUAAUUACUAAAAGAUCCAACAAUUUCAUAUUAAAUCCAUAUCUUAUCAUAUAAAAUAAGGUUUGAACCAUCCUCCAACCGAUCCAUAAGUCUGUAAUGAGGAAUUUCCAAAUUGCAUCCAUGCUUAAAUUCACACCCUUAACAAUUGAACAAGAGAUGUUUUGCUAUAUUUCUUCGAUAUUGUAACUUAUGUCAUUGUGACGAGAUUGGUGAUGAAUUUCAUUACACUUUGCAGUGUAGUUCUUUGGCAAAUUUUCGAGCACAAUAUUUGGAUACUUUUUUCUUGCACAGAUGUAACAUACUAAAAUUUGAAAAACUAUUUCAGUUAAAAAAUUAAAAUAAGUUGAAAAAGCUGUGCAAAUUUAUCAGGGUUAUAACUUUUCAAGUGAGUCUUCCUGGUUAAUCACCACUCUUCUUUACUAUACUGUUUAUUAUGUAUUAUUUGAUAUUUUCAUCUCAUCUUGUCAUGUGUGUUUGUGUCAUGUUAUAUGACUUUUGAUGAA